AUGAAAAAUGAUUUAUCAGAUGGUUAUACCAAUCUCAAUGGGAGUUUCCAUGGAAUUUAUGACUACGACUCCAAUGAAAAAGCCUAUAUUUUAUGGUCCGUAGCAAUUGGAACGUUUUUGGGAACAUUUCCGCUACACUUUUUGUACACAAAGUUUGGCGCAAAAAUACCGUUCUUUAUCUGUGGACUUGUCUCGUGUUGUACAACUGCUUUGAUUCCAUUUUCUGCAAAAACGAAUUAUUAUUUUUUGAUAUUGCUCAGGUUUAUACAGGGAUUCGCCUAUUCUGCUGAUUUUGCUGCCAUCGGACUAAUCAACGGACGAUGGGCUCCAGUAUCAGAAGUCACCAUUUUCAUGUCCAUUUUAACAUGUUUCAAUGGAAUUGCUUCAACGAUUACAAAUGUUGGAACUGGUCUUCUCUGUGAAAGUUCUCUCGGUUGGAAAUGGUCUUACUAUCUUCAUUCGAUUUUUGGAUUUGUUCUUUUUGGAUUAUGGUACUUGGUAUAUAUUGAUUAUCCUGAAGAUACACAACGAGUUUCGGAUUUGGAGUUGAAAAAAAUUCAGAAGGAUAAGUCGGAGGCUCAUUUGAGCAAAAAGUGUGAUGUCCCUUAUAAAAAACUUCUAAUCAGUCCUGUAAUCCUUUGUGUCUGGUUAAAUGCAUUUUUCGAUUUAACAGCUGCAAUUAUGUUCUCCACUUAUGUACCAAUUUAUUUACACGAAGUCCUGAAAUUCGAAAUAAAGACCACCGGAUUUUUAUCAUCUUUAAUUCUGGGAAUGUCCAUUCCAGUUCGGAUAUUUUUUGCAAUUAUCAGUGAUAAGGUUAAAUUAAUAAGUGAAAUGCUGAAAAUCCACAUUUUCAACACAGUCUCUGUUGGAGUCUCGGGAAUAUUUUUCACGUCUAUUGGACAAUUCAACCCAAUUGUGAUUACUGCGAUUCAGUGGAUAAAAUGUUUGGCAUUAUUCGUUGCUCCGGCUCUUGUUAAUAUUUUUGUAUCCGACGAAUCAAAUCGUUCUCAAUGGACUUGGGUUUUUGCAAUUAUCGGCGGGUGUAUGGUUCUAACAAAUUUGAUCUCAUUCUUCAUUUUGACGGAUAAGUCUGCGGAAUGGACAGAACAAACGGAGAAAUUUUGA